UUUUAAAUAACGUCUUUCUUGAAUUGACCAGCCGUUCACGAACAUCAUGGCGACGACCGUGAAUAGUGGAAAUGUCCCUGUGUCGGACACACAAUCGGCUGAUCCGCGCUAUGAAGGCUCAACAUUUCAGUACAGCAUGCUCCUGGAGCACCUCAUCGGGGAGAAGAGGCCGAUUAAAGAUCUGAAUCCGACCGUUAUGGGAGGUCUUCCCAAUCCCAUGAAAACCGACGACCAGAAGAUGAUCGAACGGGGAAUGGAGAGCUGUGCCUUCAAGGCGGUGUUGGCAUGUGUUGGAGGAUUUGUUCUUGGGGGRGCGUUUGGUGUGUUCACGGCUGGCAUAGAUACCAAUGUGGGAUUUGACCCCAAAGACCCCAUGAGAACACCUACUGCCAGAGAAGUCCUUAAAGACAUGGGCCAGAGGGGAAUGUCCUACGCCAAAAACUUUGCAGUCAUUGGAGCAAUGUUCUCCUGCACAGAGUGCAUCAUUGAAUCGCACAGGGGAAAGUCAGACUGGAAGAAUGCUGUCUACAGUGGUUGUGUUACUGGGGGAGCAAUAGGAUUUCGUGCUGGGGCGAAGGCUGGAGUACUGGGAUGUGGAGGUUUCGCUGCCUUCUCUGCUGCCAUUGAGUACUAUCUCCGGUGAAAACAUGGGGGCCUUCGUUACCUCUGUGGAAUAUGGUUGAGGUGACUGUCCCUCUGGGCCAGUAACAUACUUUAUACCUAAUGGAAUGAAACACAUCCCAGAGAACACUGCUCUGCAGAUGGCGCAUCUGAUCAUGAGUAUUAUUACAGUUGGACAAUUCCAUCCUGGUCUUCAUCAAUCACAUUUAUUUAUAAAGCCCUUCUUACAUCAGCUGAUGUCACAAAGUGCUGUACAGAAACCCAGCCUAAA